UCAAAUUGAACACCGAUAUCGCUCGGCUAUCGAUAAUCCUGCGAAGGUUGCAGGAAGUGGGCUAAUAAGUGAUUCUUGGGGUAAUUGGAUCCAUGGAUUUUCCAGAAGAAUUGGAUUGUCAUCUAUCCUGUUUGCAAAACUGUGGGCCAUUAGAGAUGGCCUCCAACUUGUUGUCUCCAGAAAGCAGAAACUUUUCUCAUUUACUCAUUGAAACUGAUUCCUUUACUGCUGUUAAUUUGUCAUCUAAAGAUCCCAUUGACAACCAUCCACUUAGCUCUCUCGUGUUUGAUUGCAGGGACCUCCUUCGUUGUAUCCCCCAUGUGAAGAUCUCUCAUGUGAUGCGUGAGUCAAACAUGGCUGCGGACAUUUUGGCUAAAAUGGGGCACGACAUGACUGAAGAUUUUGUUGCUUUUGAAUCUGUCUCCCAACCUCUUAUAAAUGCAUGUAUUGCUGAUAUUGUUGGGGUUGAAUUCCCCAGAACUUCUUGAUGUAUUUCUUUGGUCUAUCUUUUAUAAUACCAUCGUUUUACUAACAAAAAUGGAAUAAUUAC